GCUGCCGCUGCCUAUAACACAGAGAACCUCUGAGCGUUCUGUCCCUUCUCUGCUCCGAGUGUUCUCGAGUGUGAACCGCAGAGUGCUACGCGCCGGGGAGACAUGGCUGGAUAUUUGAAAGUCCUCCGCUCCGUUUCCAGGUCGGCCGGUGCGCCUUUUUCCAGGAGCCCCGCGGUGCUUGCGCCGGCUGCAAAUUGCCAGACUUUACAACAAAGAAACUAUGCCGACAAACGUAUCAAAGUGGCUCAGCCAGUGGUGGAGAUGGAUGGAGAUGAGAUGACCAGGAUUAUCUGGGAGUUCAUUAAAGAGAAGCUCAUUCUGUCCAAUGUUGAUGUGGAAUUGAAGUAUUUUGACUUGGGACUGCCCUACCGUGACCAGACUGAUGACCAAGUCACCAUUGACUCUGCUCUCGCUACCAAGAAGCACCAUGUGGCAGUUAAAUGUGCUACCAUCACACCCGAUGAAGCAAGAGUGGAAGAGUUUGGCCUGAAGAAGAUGUGGAAAAGCCCCAAUGGAACAAUUAGAAACAUUCUGGGUGGCACCGUCUUCCGUGAGCCAAUCAUUUGCAAGAACAUUCCCAGGCUCGUUCCAGGCUGGACUCAGCCCAUCACCAUUGGCAGGCACGCCUUUGGUGAUCAGUACAGAGCAACAGAUUUUGUUGUGGAUCAACCCGGCAAAUUCAAGAUUAUCUUUUCCCCUACUGAUGGGAGUGCAAACAAGGAAUGGGAGGUGUUUGACUUCCCUGCUGGUGGCUGUGGGAUGGGCAUGUAUAACACAGAUGAGUCUAUUACAGGUUUUGCACAUAGCUGCUUCCAGUAUGCCAUUACCAAGAAGUGGCCGCUGUACAUGAGCACCAAGAACACCAUUCUUAAAGCCUAUGAUGGCAGAUUUAAAGACAUUUUCCAGGAUAUCUUUGAAAAGCACUACAAGCCAGAGUUUGACAAAUUGAAGAUCUGGUACGAGCACAGGCUUAUUGAUGACAUGGUUGCCCAAGUGCUGAAGUCCUCUGGAGCUUUUGUGUGGGCUUGUAAGAACUAUGAUGGAGAUGUUCAGUCUGAUAUCCUUGCUCAGGGUUUUGGUUCUUUGGGUCUGAUGACAUCAGUGCUUGUGUGCCCUGAUGGUAAGACUAUUGAGGCUGAGGCUGCCCACGGCACUGUGACCAGGCACUAUCGCGAACACCAGAAGGGAAGGCCAACUAGCACCAAUCCAAUUGCCAGCAUUUUUGCUUGGACUAGAGGCCUGGAGCAUCGUGGGAAACUUGAUGGCAGCUCUGACCUCAUGAAGUUCUGUCAGACCCUUGAGAAGGUCUGUGUUCAAACUGUUGAGAGCGGCACGAUGACCAAGGACCUGGCAGGCUGCAUCCAUGGACUGGCCAAUGUCAAGCUGAAUGAACACUACGUCAAUACUACAGACUUCCUUGACGCCAUCAAGACAAAUCUGGAUAAAGCUCUUGGCAAGUGAAGGACUUGAAAGAACAGAUGUAGUGUAACUAUUCUGUUUUUGUACCUCAUUUUUAACUUAAAGGUCAAGAAAACAUUUCAUAUGAAGGAAGAAUGAAGUACUGUGUACAGAAUAAUGUAGUAUUCUAUUAGGCUAUUAAAUGUUUGAGAGCUGUUCUUCCAUCCACCACCUCAUUUACUUCAUGUCCCAUUAUUUACAGGGUUUAAUUCUUAUGUGAAGUACUGUAUUCAGUGUGUAAAGCAUUUGAGGACUGAAGCCUGUCAGACCUUCUUGCAAAUAAACCCACUGUUUGACCUUC